GCUUCAAGAAACUCAUAUAAACACGUGAGAGAAGAUGACAAGGUCUAGAUCAAGAUCACCACGAUGGAAACCAAGGUCCUUAUCUCCAGCAUUUAGGAGUCCAGAGCACCAUAGGCAAAGGCAUGCUCAUAUUAAUUAUGACUGUGAAUAUAAAAGCUUUCGUAAGGACCCAAAGAAACCUAUGCCUUGGAGAACAGAAGAUGAAAAAUAUGGGCAAAGCAAUUCCAGGUUUGCACCUCAUGGAAAUAACCACCAGAGAAUAUAUGAACGUAGGUCACCUUCACCAAACCUGAAAAGAAUUCCCAUGGAAGAUACUUACAGUCAUAAACCCUACAGAACACAUUCAUCUGAAAGAACUGAAAGCAAUAGGAGAUGCCAGUUACCACCAAAAUACUCAGAAAUACCAUAUAAAGAGCAUGAUCGUCCAUUUUACCAACACAAAAUGGAAGAAAGAUACAUGUUUGAGCACUACAAAGUCACUGGAAAUGAAAAAGGAAUGAAACCUUUUCACAGACCAUUAGGGGCUUCAUUUAAACUUGAAAGAAAAUGGCAUGAAGAUGGCUUGAGGCACCAGAGGUUACAUGAAGAGAAGUAUGGUCAGUCACCCAGAAGAGUUUCUGAUGAAUUUACGGCCAGGAGCUCUUUACAGAAGAGGUAUCCUGAAGAUCACGAUUACAGAGAAUAUGGGCACACGUCCAAAAGGGCUAAAGAAAUGGAGAGGUAUGACGGUGGAGAAGUAGCAAGAAAUUCCAAGUGGAAGCAAGAACGUUCUUUUCCACUGUACCAAGAAAAGGAGGAGCAAAGAAAUCUGGGUGCCCAGUCCCACCGAUCGGCUGAAAGGGAGUACUCGGAGGGUUCUGUCACAAAGAUAGCCUAUGAGUACAGUCACAAGCGGCGCAGGCAUCUGGAUGGGGAAAAGCCUUUUUCAGACGAUAGAGCUCAGAAAUAUGUGAAGCAGGAAGACCAGAAAUAUGGUUCUUGUAAGGGUGCCCGGAAUAGCAAAGAGUUAGAUUACUUUAGUGGUGGAAGAGCGAGACGGACUGAAGAAGGGCACCUUGAAGUACCUGUUAAAUAUAGUUCAAAGAAGGUCUGCAAUGCUUGUGUUAACUCUUCCAAAAUGGAGGUUGAUCUGAGAUCUUUUAAAAACAAACCGAAGGAAAGAGUAAGGAAAGAAGGGGAAUUCAGGCAAAAAGUAGAUUCCUCCGAUAGCCAGCAUGAUUCAAGUCAUACUGUUUCAGAUGUGAAAAUGUCAGAUGUCAACUGUAGGAGGGAACAUCUCACAAUCAAAGUGGAUAUGAAGAAAAUGGUGACCAAGUACAGGACUGCCUCUAGUCAUACUACAGAGAGACAGAUGUCCCAUGAUCUGGUUGCUGUUGGCAGAAAAAAUGAAAAUUUUCAUCCAGUGUUUGAGCACAUGGAAUCUGUAACCCACAAUGUUGAAAAUGACCCAUCAAGAGAAUUUACUCAGGAAAUAAUCACCAUUAUCCAUCAAGUUAAAGCAAAUUAUUUUACAUCUUCUGACAUAACAUUACAUGAACGAUUUUCAAAAAUUCAGGAUAAACCAGUUGCAGAUAUGAAUGAAGUUAAAAUAUGUUUGGAUCCAGAAAUUCACAGGAGGUUUGACAUGUCUCUAGCAGAACUUCAGAACAAACGAACUGUGGAAUCUGAAUCUCCCCAGAACAUGAUGAGAGUGUUAGAAGAUCCAAAUGAUCUACGUCAUGAUAUAGAAAGAAGAAGAAAAGAGAGACUGAAGAAUGAAGAUGAGAGAGUCUUUCAUGUAGAUGAUGUAACUCCAAGGAACCAUCAAAACUGCAGUCUUUCAAAAUUACAAAACUCUCAAUUUGAUGGCUUCCAAAAGCCUAUGAGGUUCAUUAAGCCACCUUUCAGGAAAUUUAUUGGGAAACCUCACCUGAAUUCUUACUAUUCUUCAAAACCAAGUGAUACUUACCCUCACCGACGCAUUAGAGGACACCUUGAAAAUGCAGGACCCACCAGAAGGCACUUUAAGAGCAACUUUGCAGAUGGCCGUUUGCAAUCCCAUUAUAAAUCAGGCUUAGUACAGAAGGGUUUAUAUAUUCAGGCUAAGUACCAGCGGUUGCGUUCUGUUGGUGUAAGGGGAUUUACCACUAAUAAAUUCAGAGAUGGAUUUUUGAGGAAAGAAAAGGGAAACUUAAAUAUUGCCACAGAAACCUGAACUGAGGUGUGAUCCUGAAGUUGAAACAGAUAACACAUCAAAGGGAGCAUCUGUUCAUUUUUUGACAACUUUGUCAAGACUUAAAAUAGGAUAAAGGAACUAACCCUGUAACUUUCUUGAUUACAAAUAACUUUAUUUUUCAGUAGUGGAAUGCUGCAGAACUUUUUCACAGUUUUAAUAAUUGCUUUUAAAGUACAGUAUUCAACUGAAACGUUGUAGUAUGUACGUUUAGUUCCUCUUGCAUACCAGUCUCAAGUAAAGAAGUCACUGAAGGGAUUCUUAUUUAUUGAAUACUUUUUCUUCCAAGCAUGAUGUUACAGAUGGAACUGGAGUUGUUAUACCCAGAGGUUUAUAUGUUGAAAGUUUAUUGCUUAUGUAAUAAAAAAAAGGAAACAAAAAAAAAAGUGCCUGAAUUGUUUGGUAAUAGCACAUUAGCUCAGGAUUUUCCAAGUAAUGACCUUCUAGGUUGUGCAAUAGAUUUUACACCUCUGUUCAGUCAUUUCUGUAAAACAGUAUUUUGUAUAACUUUAGUUUAAUAGUCUACUUGAGUUUAUGUAUAUACAUUUGUAAAUUGUUAGAAUGUUGGGAGAACUUUCAGUAUUUGAUUAAUGAAUGGUAACAGGCAGGUAUGUAAUGUACUGUAGCAGUAGCUUAUAACUGCACUGAAAGCAUGCUUGGGUUGGUAGAGGAUUAGUUGGUCUGUAUUUAAAAUUAUUCUGUAUCGUUAUAUUUUUUGGUGUAUGACAUUCUUUACCAAGCCACAUGUUCUCUAAUCUUUUUCGUCAUAAAUGACUUGGUGAUUUCCUGGAUUCUGAAAUUGGGGCCUGAAGUAUUUAAUUACAAGAAAAACAAGAAACGUAAGUUUUUAUAAGCAUAUCUUCUAACAAAGCUGUUCAUAACAGAAACUGCUUUAAAUGCAGAUAAUUUUAAAUUUUGUUCAAUAUCCCAGUAAUUCUCUGAAGUUUACUGCAGUAGUUAUGCUGUGUGCAAAACUCAAAUGGCCAGACAUGUUUUAUAAGCAGCUAUGAACAAUGUUGUGCUUAUUUCCUGUUUAUAGCCUUUGCCUUAAUAUAUAAUAUAUGAUAGGGUUGUGUGUAUGUAUUACAGAUUUGUUGAGACUUUUUGUUGCUGGUAAAUUAAAGAUGCAUAGCAAGUAGCUUUCAGAGAUCUUCUUUAAUAAAAAAGCUAUUCACCAUAUCCAGAAUAUAUGCAUGCUAAACUAUUUCCAUCACUUCCAAGACAGUGUUAGCAAUACAGAAUGCAGACUAGUCUCUGUUUUGGAUAGUAGAUCAGAAUUCUAAUACUGGGCAGAGGUAUGUUCAGAGAAAAAUAUCUUUUGGGGGAUGAAAAGUCAGAAUAUGAUUUCUGCAUGCUUUUUUGGUAAUGUUUUUUUCCACAAUGCCUUUAGUAGAGAGACUAUAUGAAAGUGUAGUUAUGGUUCAGUGAAAUAGUGUCCCUUAAAACUUUUGUAUCAAUGGUACGUGUUGCUCAGUGUUCACAGGGAAUAAGCAAGCAGGAAGUGUGUCAAAUUCAUUGAUGUUGUGGUCAUUCAAGAAUAACACCAGAUGGUUUGUUUCUAAAACCCAUGUUCUCAGUUUAAAUAAUGAUAUUUAAGGAUUCAGCUAGUUUUUUCAGUAACUUUGACAUGCAUCCACAAAAUGGGAAACUAAAGGAAAGUAAUUCCCUGGUCAAAUAGAGGCAGGCACCUUUCUGCAGAUAAGAAAAUGUUUAUUUACUGAUGCUGUCAGUGAUUAAUCUGGAAAAUCGUUCUGUGUAGAUUUACUGGGGGAUGAAAAUAAGGAUUUGAAACAGAUUAAGUGAGUCAACCCAAAGCAAAUGUGGCGUAACUGCACCUGAGCAGUCUGCUGGCAGGGGAGUGCUGCAUGUACCCUGCAGAUGAGGGCAGGUUUACCCUCUAGCUGACAAGCUAUUCACGCUGCUCCUGAAUGUGCUAAACCACUGAAAAACACAUAAGAAGUGAAACUUUGUACAAUACAGGACAAACUACUGAAGCUAUAUUGUCUUAUUCAACAGGAUACUGCUGUUACUGUAAACUUCCUGCAGUGUUCUUAUUAAAGCCUGGAAGAGAACUCACUGAGCAAAUGGGAAAAGUGGAUACAUGAAGAAACUUCUGCCAUGGCAGUUUUGUUAACACUGUUGGGAAGUAAUGCUGAAGUAAUCAGACUUCAGUUAGUUAAUGCUGCUUUAAACAGGUUUAAAAGUGUGACUGGCUCUGACUUUGUGCUUUCUUUUUUUUACAAUGCAUGACUAGAUAUCUGUAAUUUAUUUCUACAACUGUGAGCAACAUAGUACAAACAUUUGGGGGGUUUUGGCAUGCUUACUGACCUUUUUUUUUUUUUUUCUUCCCCCUUCCUACCUUUGGUCCCAAGAUGAAUGUCAUGAUGAAAAGUAGUCACUGUUUCAGUUAUUUUACCAUUUAAGGUGAUACCAUUUGUUCAAAUCACACUCUUUACCAAUAGCUUCACUAAUUUGGGAUUCUGUCAUGAUAAUUUUCCUGUUUUAUAAAAUCCAUACAGAAAUUGAAAUCUGUGACUGACUCUAGACUGCUAGAGGUACCUACUCUGAUGUUACCUGGUGUGAGACAUUACUAUGUAGAUUUAUCUUUGUGAAUUAGAGACUUGUCUACUCAUAAAUCAUCUUAUUUGUUCUUUUAGCACAGAAAAGUUCUGUUGUACUGGAAUAUAGUGUAUUGAAAUUACUGAUUGGGUUGUGAAGGCACGAGAAAAAGUGUUAAGUAGAAGAAAGGUCAAUUUACUUGAAUAACUUGGUGCCUUUCUGUAUUGUGACUGCAUUGUAGAAAACACCUGUACAAAGACUUAAGUAAUAUACUGAUUAUUGCAUUGUUUCUAAUGGGAGCACGGACUGAUAAUUUGUUAAAAUAACCACUUUAAAUGUGUAAUCCUCAGCAGGAAAACAGUGUCUGUUGCAUUAGUAAAGUCUGUCACUGCAUUUGCAUUGGAAGGGCAAGUUAAAAAUGUGAUUGUCUAAGAGCUUUCUAGCUUUGUUUUAUACUUUGAAAAUAUAAAUGUGAAUUGCCUUUCUUUUGGUUGACUUGAAAUGGCUGUUAAAUGCUCAUGUCAUAUUCUCAAUUUUUCACAUGUGAAAUUGUUUUUUUAAAUGGAUAUCCAAAAUGCAAUGGAUUUAUUAUGACUAGUCUUCCUUAAAAGUGUCUGAAAUAAUAAGUUGUUGUGAUAUUAGCAUUUAUAUUGGUGAUCCAUUUAAUCUUUCCAUAGAUUGGUUAGAAUCCUCAUUUUAAGCUUUGUGAUGAUUGAGUUCACAUAGUUAACAAAAUUCUGGGGCUAGUAAGAAGCAACACAUUGCAAGGCUUCUACAAGACUGCCUUAACUGUAAUAAUUAUAUGUUUAAAAUCACCUUACCUGAUGGAUUUAGAUGGUCUUGAGACCUGGACAUAACUAACUCAACUCAGGUAACUGAUAGCAGAGGAUGGGAGUAAAUUCAGCUGAUUGCCAGUUGUAUUAAAGGUUUACCUGCUGCCUUUCUCUCCCAGAGCCUCAGGGUGAAAUGCUGAUUUUUCUUUAUAUGAACUUAGUUGCUUUAAAAACAAAACAGAAAACACGAUUACACUUUCUUGUGGCAUUAUAAAGGGCAGGGUUCUCAAAAGUUGCUUGUUACAUGUUGUAAUUUUCUGCCAUGUCUUGGAAAUGGAUAGUGAGAGUUGCUUGGAGAAGAUGAUUAAUGAUUAUAUCAAACAGACUUGACUUCUUGGUGUUCACCUUACAAGACUGUAAACACAGGGAGGUCUGUAACUUCUUGCUUUCUGAAGGGAUACUUUCCCAUGCUGUGUAGAAACAUGCCUCUUGCCUUUUUUUAAGCAUCUGAACAGCUAUCCACAAAGUUCUCUAUGGGAGAGUUCUCUAAAAGAAAGACUUCAGACUUGCAUCCUAAUGAAUAUGGAGGGGAAAAAAAGGAUGUUUCUGCAUGUAACUCUGGCCCUUGACAGACUUAAUUCCAUCACUGCAGGAUUACAA